AUGGAGUCCACGUCCUCAUCAGAGUUCCGAAGCGGCAUUUCCACAUCUGAAUCCGAGCAAAGCAAGCCCCUAAUCAGAAUUGGUGAUGAAUAUGGAAAUAAAAAGGAGCAUAAUGUAAGAUCCUUGUAAAAAUAACUAAGGCGGUAUGGAGCGGUCUCUAGCGAUUUUUUUACUCUGGGAUAAUUGUCUUGCAAAUUAGCUGUGCUUGAGGUUUCGAUAGUCUUCUGGUCACUCUGGGUUUAUUUGAGUAAGGUUGUAGGAGUUACCAUGACUGACAGUUUUACUGUCCGUUUCUGCCUAAGGGAGGGAUGGCGUUACGCAAAGGUAAGUUCUUAUCUUGUUUAAAGGUUUUUGCCGUCAUACUUUUUUUGGACCACGCAGUUAUUCCGAUUUUCAAAUUAGAAAUUUGCCAAAAAAAAUCCUAAAGUUUUGGGUAUCGUUUCAAGGUCUCAGGCUCGGCACUAACAUAACUUUAGUCUACAUUGGGUAGUGCUAAACCAUGUUUAAUUUCGGCCAGUUUGGACGUAUACUAACAAAAUCGCGUAAUACGCAGAAUACACAAUUCUUUGCGACCUUUGUUACUAUUCCCCGAUUUUUUGCCAUAAAUAUACGUGUCUAUGUAUGUGCUAUACAGUAGUUUUAGCCCCCUGGCAAACAUUUAUCGACAGUUGCGAAUAAUUUAUCUAACUAGGAAAGUGUACAAACUGACCCUCACCAAAUAACAUUGAAAAGUAGUGUUAGAAACUACUUUCAGUUUUUGCAGAAUGCCCCAAGACAGAAAUUAUGAGCGGUUGAUUUGUAAGUUUAGUAGUUACAAAAUCUGAUAUGGGGCAAAAAAAAUGUCAUUUCAAAACGCUAAAUGGUACGUAUUGCUACUACGUUGGCCUAAUCGUAAGAAUCAUUUUAAAACGUUUGUAAACGUUUAACGCAUAUAUAUUUUCCUAACUGUAAGAACAUAAAAAAUUGUUUUUUGCAAAAUGACCUAAAAAUAAUCAAAUUUACAGUAUGUCGUCGCAAAGGUAUCCUACAAAAGAUUAAAAUGGUAACAUUUUUCAAGGGUUCUUCAAUAAUGAUGUAUGUCACUUAUCAUUUGGCGAGGGUCAGUUUCUCCACUUCCCUAGUAAAUGAUCAGAAAGUUUUGUCCACUAUUUUCUGGAAAAUUUCCAAAAAACUGCACUUUAAAGUGCAGUUAUUUCAAAUAUAUAGGAUAUCGUUUUACCUAAUGUUUUGUAGCUCUCUUCGAUAGUGCAGUUAAAAUUUGGAACAUGUAGCCUUUCUCAACCGGCCGGUUGGGAAAGUUGCAACCGGGCUAAAGGGUGGUCAGAAAUAUAUCUCCGGGUAGCUACCCCCCAUGCAUCUUUUUUCUUGUUUUACUCACACAUGGGCCCAUGUGUGAGUAAAACAACCAAAAUACUGCAGGUUUCCGAAAACACCCCAAAUAUUCGGUAAAAACUCUGGAAAUGAAGAAACAUGAAUCAAGUGUUUUUACAAACUGAUUUCGAAUAUUUUUUCACAGAUUCAUCUAAUGUCAUCAGUUGGUAAAUGAGAGAUCGAGGGCUGAUGACUAUCAGUUAUGUGUUCUUCAUUCUUGAUUACUUUAUGCCGAACGAUCUCGGUUACUCGACGCUCUAGAUAACGGAACGGAAAGAGUAAAGAGUAUUCUGUCGGGAUCGGAGUAGAUAAAUUUUUCGUUUUUUCUAACUUUUCGAAUAUUAGUUUCUUUUGAUUAUUUUCCGACCUUAUUGAUUUGUUGUCCUCUUUUCUUAGCGGUUUCGACAUAGGGUUCAAUACAAAGACGUGACUGAAAACGGCGAUACGACGCACAUCUGGAAACAAAAACCGCUGUCUUUUUGACACGUGAUCAGCCUCUCGAUACCUCGUGCCGUCGACGUUAUUCAAUCUCUCGCCGAUUCGUUUCAACUUUUCUGCAGGGGGUCCGAAAUGCGAGGGAAUCUAAGGUCAUCUUCAUGGUAAGAGAGAAAGAACCAAAAACGAGGUCCGCGCAGAGGUAUCGUCUUCUCCCCUUCCAUCACACGUCGCCUUCUUCAUCCCAUUCAUCAAGGAAUUAUCCCAAAUAACCUCGGAAUUAUCUGAUUAUCCAAGGGCUUUAGAGUAUCUCUUUUUGGGGCCUUUCUUUAGGAAUAAAGUCCUUAUUCUAUAAGUGGGCUCUCACUUAUGAUGUCGUUAUAGAAGCGGGACCUGUUUGCUUUUAUUAGACAGCUGGCCGUCCGUCUUUUGAUCGUUUUCUGCAACGUUAUAACUUUGAAGGAGACAUUUUUUAGUAUUCUAUGGGUGUGGAGCCAGACAAAGCCGCUUCAGAUGAUCAGUCCAAUAUUCCUCUAGAGCGGUGCUGCUUCAGUUUGAUGCAUGUAAAGACUGCUGCUUGCCUGAUUGCCAUAUUCGAAGUUGUUGUAAUCCUCUAUCACGUAUGUUUUUUCAAAAUUUUGUGACACUUUUCGAAUUUUUGCUUCAAUGAGCAGAUUUUAGGUAACAGUGGCGUUUUUUAAAUUCGAUAAAGUUGGAGAUGAUUACUCAUUCGCGUUCACUUUGUCGAUAUUCAGUCUUUCUCUGGCCACCUUAGCGAUAAUUCUUCUUCUAAUUGGGAUUAAACGAUGGUCCGCUUUCUUCUUGAUCCCCCAUCUUCUGAUGCAAGUAAGUGAUUUGAUCAAAGCAUUAUAAACUUCUAAUCAUAUUCUGUGUUUUAGUUCACGGUAAUUGCGUCAUGGACUUUCCUUGUGGGUUAUGUUAUGUUUCUUUUGAUCGGGGGCACCUCCGUGAGGUUUGAUUUGGUAAUUUAUGAAGAUUCCAAAAAAGGAGAACAAGGUGAGAUUUUGAUUCCCAGAAUUUUUUACCAUGACAAUUAAUUCGUAAAUCUAAUCGUGAAUUUAGGGCUACAAAAACUAAGUAAAUACAAUACUUUCAAAUCUACGACCGACUACAGAAGUUUGAACUUAUUUUUGGUCUCUUUGUUGGCGGUGAUGACUUUGGCCAUUCUCGCUCAGUCAUGGUGCUUCAGAGUUGUGUUAAGAUGUUUCUCGGUGCUACGUAAAUACUCGUUGGAGAAAUCGAGUCGUUCCGACUCUCUCGUUGCCAUUCCCAUCUCCGCAGCCAAACAUAAAGUCUAA